AUGAUGCAGCCAACACAUGCUCCCACUUCAGCGCCCGGAUCUCCCCAACCAGCUCCUGAGGAGUCGCAGGUCACCUCAAUGCCUGACCCACCACAAAACACAGAGAGUGCUCCUUUUGGGAUCUUAGUAGGACUGUUUGAGAGGCUUCAAACUGAGAAAAAACGGGAUAGACGAGAAAAGCUAUUAUCUGCAUGGUUCAAUCAUUGGAGAGAUGAGAAAGGCAAAGACCUUUAUCCUGUUCUACGUCUUUUGCUUCCUCAGAAAGAUCGCGAGCGGUCAACAUAUGGCUUGAAGGAACAAAAAAUCGCCAAGACGUACAUCAAGCUCAUCCCUUUAGGUCCAAGAGACCCAGAUGCCAUCCGUCUCACGAAUUGGAAGAAACCAUUGGAACAGAAUAAAGCCUCCGGUGACUUUCCUACAGUUCUCUACGAAGUAGUGGGCAAAAGAUCAUCUGUCACGGAAAGUUCUCUGUCCAUUGACGACUUGAAUGAAAUUUUGGAUGAACUAUCGCAGAAACAAGACUCCGUGGAAGUCCAAUCAAAAAUACUGAGACGCAUAUAUAAUCGUGCAACACCAGAGGAACAAAAAUGGAUUGCGCGCAUUAUACUGAAAGACUUAGUGAUAUCUGUAAAGGAAACCACAGUUUUUGCAGUCUUCCAUCCUGACGCUCAGGACCUAUAUAAUACAUGUUCGGACCUCAAGAAGGUCGCAUGGACGCUUUGGGACCCCUCAUUCCGGUUGAACGCCAACGAUAAAACCGUAGGGCUCUUUCAUUCUUUUGCACCCAUGCUGUGUCGACGUCCGACCAAAAGGAUAGAAGAGACUGUCAAGGAGAUGAACGGAAGUGAGUUUAUCAUCGAGGAAAAGCUUGACGGGGAGAGAAUGCAGCUUCAUAAGAAGGGAAAUGAAUAUUUCUAUUGCUCAAGGAAGGGAAAAGACUACACGUAUCUAUACGGGAAGCACGUUGGAACAGGGAGUCUGACACCCUUCAUUGACGCUGCAUUUGAUGAGCGCGUCGACGAAAUUAUCCUUGAUGGCGAGAUGCUGGUAUGGGACCCAGUUUCGCAGCGCAACCUUCCAUUUGGAACCCUCAAAACAGCUGCAGGAGACAAAUCCAAGAAGGCUCACAUGCCUCGUCCGUGCUUCAAAGUGUUCGACCUUCUCUACCUUAACGGUCAAUCACUCAUUGACAAGACGACAAAGUUCCGGAAGCGGAAUAUGAGGGCUUGUUUGAAAGAGGUGAAAGGACGUAUGGAAUUUGUCACCGAGUUUACAGGCCGAGAUGCCCAGCAUGUCAGGCAACGGAUGGACGAAGUGAUAGAGGCGAGGGGUGAGGGACUGGUCAUUAAGCAUCCUAAAUCCAUGUACGUGUUGAACGGGAGAAACAGAGACUGGAUUAAAGUCAAACCCGAGUAUAUGGAUAAUAUGGGUGAGACGGUUGACGUUCUUGUCGUUGCAGCUGCAAAUUACGGCACGGGAUCUCGUGGUGGAGGCGUAUCUACUCUUAUCUGUGCAGUCAUUGACGAUCGACGUCCUGAUAAUCUGGACGAUGAGCCUAAGUACAGUUCUUUUGUUCGGAUUGGCUCAGGCUUGACGUACGCCGAUUAUGUGUGGGUGCGCGGUCUUCCCUGGAAGCCUUGGAACCCCAAGGCGCCGCCAGAAUUCUAUCAAACCGCCAAGAAGACAGCUGAAGACAAAGGAGAUGUUUACCUCGAGCCUGAGGACUCCUUCAUACUCAAAGUGAAAGCGGCGGAAAUCACCCCAUCAGAUCAAUACCACCUCGGAUAUACCAUGCGAUUCCCUCGAGCUCUGGCCAUUCGACAGGAUUUGACAAUUGCGGACUGUAUGACGGCCUCAGCUGUCCUCGAGAGUGCUCGCACAACAAAGAAGAGGAAGAUGGAGAGCGAUAUUACGUAUAAGAAGAAAAAGACAGGCAAGACGAAGGCGAAACCGACGAUGCUUCCUGAUUAUAAAGGGAUAAAAGCCAAGGAUGUCUCGGUCAAUUCUGAUAUCUUCGAUGGUUUAACGUUUGUCGUCACUGCUGAUCCCAAAUUAAGAACUGGUGAACAGCAGAAGAAAGACUUGAUGAAGCUGAUCAUGACGAAUGGGGGGCGCUGUCAGCAGCUAGCUGCAAACCGCCCCAACCUCUUCAUUGUAUAUGGUGGUACCAUCACUCCGUAUGACUUGAAGCUUUCAAUCGGCAAGGGUAUCCAUGACGUAGUUAAGCCUGAAUGGAUUACGGAUUCCAUUGCUCUGGGACGCCAAGCACCACUCUCGAAAAGAUACUUUUUCCACGCUACUGAGUCAAGAAAGGAAACGGUGGAGUACAGCAUGGAGGAUGACGUGAAGAAAGAAGAUGAAGUGGCGGAACCGACGGAUGAGGUAAGGCCGAGUAUCAAAGUGGAGGAACCGGAAGAGAUUAUGCCUGAGACAACCGAUCCGGCCUUAGCGGAAUGGCUGGCCAUCGACGUGCCGAGAACACCAGCUGACGAUGGUUCAGAAACAGAAGAAGAUGAUGACGAUAAUGAUUCUGUCAAUGCAGAUGCACCUGGACAGGAUGGUUUGGAUGACUGGCUCAAGGUGGAAAGGGAGGUUGUGGAAGUCGAUUUGAAGCCAGAGACGUCGAACGAAGUUGCUGAAGAUGACAUUAAGGAAUCUGACGAAGAGAAGCCGCGAAUGGGAGAGGACGAAUUAGCUAUGGAGUAUAACCAAGACUUCAUUUUCAAGCACUUGUGCUUCUACUUGGACACUUCAAGUAACGCCCGACGAAACGGGAUGGCUGCGAAGUCAAAGCAUGAACGUGCAAUUGACGCUAGGCCACGUUCUGAAUGUUCGGUUAGUUUUGAGGAGUUAGAGAAGUUGAUUACCUCCAACGGGGGGCGGGUCAUAGAUCUUGAUGAACCGAAAUUAACGCACAUUGUUAUCGAUAAACGGGACGAUAGUCGCCGAUUGGAACUUAUGAGGAGGACAGCGAAGCCGAUACGGAAGUAUUUGAUUCUUUCGAACUUUAUACAAAGCUGUUUGGAUGAAGCUACGCUUCUUCCAGAAGAAGGUGAGCAUUCUUUACGUCGAGGAUUGAACCUUGUUCUAAAGGUCGCCAUAGAGUUUGCACCAUAAGUUGGCCCCAUGCGCGAUCUACAUUGAGAAUGGUCUGUCGGCGCAAUGAUCAUACACUGUCAACAAACAACCCGGCCCUUGUGAAAAUUUCAAUGUUAAGCCGCUAUGACAGCGUUGUGUUUGCAAAUUGCUCGUCAGACGACCUGACAGAAGAACUGAUCGUCGUUGCUGUUUGACAUUCACAAGAAGUGCAGCAGGUGCCCUCUCAACGGAUUUCCCUCUAAGUUGACAAGAAUGAGUCCGAAGGAGCCUUGUACUUGAAGCAAAUUCAAA